CGGCUGUCAGUCGGCGGGGCCGGCGCCGCCCGCCCCGCGCUCGGGAGGAAGGGCCCGGCGGCUGUUGACAGGCUCUCGGCGAGGCCCGGGAAGCGGCCGCCGGCCCCGGGCUUCUGGGAACCUGUUUUGCUGCUGUGUCAUUUCGUACCAGCGCCUCCUUUCGCUGCUGCCCGGCGCCGCGUUCUUCCUACGCCCCUUUGUAUGGACUCCUCUGGCUGUGUGUCCGUUUCCCUCGCGAAGCCCACCAGCCAAAUGUCAUAGUGUCCCCGCGGUGCACGGGGGAAGGGAGCGGGCUGGGACUCAGCCUGGCCAAGCAACGGUAAACAACCAUCCGAGUGCCGGUGGACCCGGCUGUUGGUGGGGAAUAAAGUUGAAAGAUGAAGAACCUGGGAACCCCUUACACUGUGCUCAGCCUCUAGCGGGCUCUCUGUAGAAACGCGCUGGAGUGGGUGGGAGACAGCCCUUGAUUAAGCCCGAGCCUGCUUGACUUUUAUAUGGAGUUGUCAUUCAAACAAGCACCUGGGCAUCCUUCCAGAAGCAGUGCGACCAUGGAGGUGGUGCCGGCCGAGGUGAAUAGCUUGCUUCCAGACGACAUAAUGGACACUGCUAUUACUUUAGUGGAUGAGGAUAGCAUUGAGGCUGUAAUUGUGUCAUCCCCAAUUCCCAUGGAGACAGAACUGGAAGAAAUUGUCAGCAUAAAUUCUACUGGUGACUCUACAGCCACGCCCAUUUCCACGGAACCAAUCACAGUGUACAGUAAUCACACUAACCAAGUUGCAGUGAAUACCACAGUUUCUAAAGCAGACUCCAAUACCACAGUGAAACCAGCAUUUCCGAGUGGCCUUCAAAAGCUUGGUGCUCAGACUCCUGUGACUAUAUCAGCCAAUCAGAUUAUUUUAAACAAAGUAUCACAGACAUCUGAUCUUAAACUUGGCAAUCAGACCCUUAAACCAGAUGGACAGAAGUUAAUCUUAACAACUUUGGGCAAGUCUGGCUCACCAAUUGUUUUAGCACUUCCCCAUAGCCAACUACCCCAGGCUCAGAAAGUUACAGCUCAGGCCCAACCAGGAGACGCUAAGUUACCACCGCAGCAGAUCAAAGUAGUUACCAUUGGAGGGAGGCCAGAGGUGAAACCUGCCAUUGGGGUCUCAGCACUGACCCCAGGAAGUCAACUGAUUAAUACCACAACUCAGCCCUCUGUGUUACAGACCCAACAGUUAAAAACAGUGCAGAUUGCUAAGAAGCCUCGAACACCAACCUCGGGUCCAGUGAUCACGAAGCUGAUUUUUGCAAAACCAAUUAAUAGUAAAGCAGUUACGGGACAGACAACUCAAGCGUCUCCACCCGUCGUCACAGGCAGGGUUCUUUCACAGUCUGCUCCUGGAACUCCAUCCAAGACUAUAACAAUAUCAGAAAGUGGUGUUAUUGGCUCAACUUUAAAUUCUACAACACAGACACCAAAUAAGAUAGCCAUCUCACCUUUGAAGUCACCAAAUAAGACAGUGAAGUCGGCUGUGCAGACCAUCACGGUGGGCGGAAUGAGCACGUCGCAGUUUAAGACCAUCAUUCCCCUGGCAGCUGCUCCCAAUGUCCAGCCCAUUCAAGUGCCUGGAAGCAAGUUUCAUUAUGUCCGACUCGUCACUGCCACAACCGCCGGUAGCUCAGCCCCACCAGUCAGUCAGAGUCCCAGUGUCAACACUCAGCCUCUUCAGCAAGCAAAGCCAGUGGUUGUUAAUACCACGCCUGUACGGAUGUCAGUUCCAUUUGUCCAAGCUCAGGCCGUUAAGCAAGUUGUUCCAAAACCAAUCAAUUCAACUUCACAAAUUGUAACUACUAGCCAGCCCCAGCAACGGCUCAUCAUGCCGGCCACACCACUGCCUCAGAUCCAGCCCAACCUCACUAACCUGCCGCCAGGCACUGUGUUGGCGCCAGCUCCAGGAACGGGGAACGUGGGCUACGCAGUGCUUCCGGCUCAGUACGUCACUCAGUUGCAGCAGUCCUCCUACGUGUCGAUAGCAGGCAACUCUAACUUCACCGGGACAUCGGGCAUCCAGACACAGGCAAGGGUUUCAUUCAACGGCAUAAUUCCAUCAGAGUCUGCCAGUCGGCCCAGAAAACCCUGUAACUGUACAAAAUCACUGUGUUUGAAAUUAUACUGUGACUGCUUUGCCAAUGGUGAAUUCUGCAACAACUGCAAUUGUACCAAUUGUUACAACAACUUAGAGCAUGAGAAUGAGCGACAAAAGGCAAUAAAGGCAUGCCUUGACAGAAACCCGGAAGCCUUCAAGCCAAAGAUAGGAAAAGGAAAAGAGGGGGAGUCGGAUCGGCGGCACAGCAAAGGCUGUAACUGCAAACGGUCAGGGUGUCUUAAAAACUACUGCGAGUGCUAUGAGGCAAAAAUCAUGUGCUCCUCCAUAUGCAAGUGCAUCGGCUGUAAGAACUUCGAAGAAAGCCCAGAACGGAAGACAUUGAUGCACUUAGCAGAUGCGGCUGAAGUAAGGGUCCAGCAGCAGACAGCAGCGAAGACCAAGCUGUCCUCUCAGAUCUCAGACCUGCUUACCAGGCCCACCCCCGCUCUGAACAGUGGAGGAGGAAAAUUGCCAUUCACAUUUGUAACUAAAGAAGUAGCUGAAGCCACGUGUAACUGCCUUCUUGCCCAGGCAGAGCAGGCAGACAAGAAGGGGAAAUCAAAGGCGGCAGCAGAGCGGAUGAUCCUGGAGGAGUUUGGACGGUGUUUGAUGAGCGUCAUCAACUCUGCAGGAAAAGCAAAAAGUGACCCCUGUGCCAUGCACUGCUAACUGUUGCACAAAAGACUGAAUGGAACUGUACAGGAAAUUUAAGGUGCCGGGACACUUGAUUUUCUAGAAGAUAGUUUAACAAUUACUGUAUUUUAAUUCAGCCUUUGUUUUAAGAGAUCUGAAACUAUAAUAUUGAAAGAGAAGAAAUUUUAAAUGAAGAAAUUAGUACAUUUUAAAUCUUAGUUAAUUCUGCCUAUGCCCCUUCUAAAUUUUUUUCUUUAAAAAUUUUUCUUUUAUUGUAUUUUAUAUUUUUUAAUUUGCUUGGGUUUCUUAAGAAUUAGAUGUUCUGUCCUGAUUCUAUUGACAAAGAACAUUCAUAAAUUAUUGUAAUAUCAUUUAUAAUAUAUGGUGUUGUAUGACUUUGUUCAGUAGAAAAGGCCAAAGUACCAUGGGUAUUACCCAGUCUUUGGCUACAGAUCCAGAAUAUUCACAGGUAGGAUGUCCACAUAACCAGAUUCUUAAUGAAACAUAUUUAGAAGAUAUUUUGUUUAGAAAAACACCUUCUUUAAAGAAAAUUAGCUUUUUAGAGUGGAUUCUGGAAUGUUCUCUCUUGUCUCUUUGGGAAUAUCAGAAGGGGAAACAAUCCCCAUCACACUUUUCAGAUAUAAACAUUGUAUUUAAAGAAAGCAGAAUCUUAAGGGACAGUAGUUGUUAGCGUAUGGGCUGUCUCUGAGGAGGAGGAAUGGCUGACAUGGCUCGGGGCGUCUUCAUUUUCUCUGAAGGAGAUGGUAUGUUCAUAAUAAUUGUUAAAGUGAUUAUGGCUAAUUACUAAAAUAAGAGACUGUGUGAAUUGAAGUAACAUUUUGUGUCAUGAUAUUAGAACUCAUAAGCACCAAGUAUAAACUGUGGCUUGGAUGGAGAAGCGAGGACACAAAACUGAGGUUAUGUAUGCUGAAGCUUUUAUGCACACACUUCUCUGUAGACCUUUGAACUGAGUUUGAAUCAAUAUGUGACUCUUACCUGGGUUACUGCAAAGGACCUCCCAGCAGCUUCUAAAAUCAUAGUGAGCUUUUUAUAAAGGAGUUUAAUUAAUGCAGCAUUGUUUCUAACCAGUGAUUUGGUAAGCUGAAGCACGUGUGUUCCUGGACUCGCAAAAACAACCUAAACCUUCCUCAGUAAUUAAAACUGUAUGACCUUGGGAGCCUGUUGUAAUAGGACUCGAGCUUACACAAGCAGAAAAAUAUGUUGGAAUUGAGGCAUUUUGUAAGGUACCUUAAUCCUUGAUAAUUACUAGUGUAUGAUUAUACCCUUCCUACAAGGACUCUCUAGUUGUAUGUAGUAAGUAUGUAUAUAUGUUCAUAUGAACAUGAACGAUAUAGACAAUAGAAAUUAACCCAAAGAGGAUUCCGUUAUUCCCUGGAGUGUCCUCCAUUUACCAUGGUUUUAUUAGAUGGCAGUGCUGUGACUCUUCAUGUAGAUAAUGCAGACAUUCUCAGCACCUCAGUCUAGAGUGUUUGAGUCAACUCUGUAUAAAUGUAAAUUAGUCUAAGAGGACAAAGGAAUAUCUAAUCAAGUUAUUUUUCAAAAGACUGCAAUAAGUUUUUGGUCUAAACCUAAACUUUGUUCAUUUUGUAUAUGUUAUGUGUUAAUUCUAAUCGCACCAUUGUGAUGUGUAUAUACAGUGUGCACAAAAUGUUUGUGAAUUUUUAUUAUAUUUGUAGAUUAUGUAUGAUGGCAUUGCAUAAGAUUGUUUUGCUUGUAAAAAUUUGAAGGUGCAAUCAAAGCUACUAGUUUUGAUUUUUAAGAAGCUUUUACCGUAUCCGUCCCUUUCCUUCUGUGCGGUUCUAACUGAAGGACGUUUGUGUCAGGCAUUUGCAUCAAAUUGCUGAACAGCGCUAACAGCCACACGAAAUCACCAACUUCUAACGAUUAUUUGGGGAGGGUUCGGUCUAGAAUUUUUAAGCCCUAUUUACAUCCCAAAGUAGAAAGAUUAUAUUUACUAGAGCUAUUCAAAAAAUACACUUUUCUAUGUUGUGAAAACAGGGCAGAAGAGUAAAUCAUACAGAAAUAAACAUUUAUACUAUUCUGUAAAAAAAAAGGUUUGCAUUUUUUCUUUAGUUUAAUGAUAGCAGUUUGAACCAUCUGCCGUGCAGGCAGUCUUAAGUUAACCUGAUUUCCAAGUCCAUCGGACCUUACUUCUGGAAACUUGAAAGCUGGCAUUGCCAAUCAGCUCAUUACUGUGAAUUGCACUGAAAUGAGAAUAUGUCUGCUGUCCCCCUCCUAAGGCAGGAAUGCCGUCUACUUUCUUUUAGAUACUGGAUGCCAUCGAGGCUACUCUCUUUAGUUCUUGUGGCUCUGAAGAGGUCAGAGCAGCCUGUAGGUCUUCUCUGGGAGAGGGAGCCUAGUGUUGUAGGCACUGAAGUGAGCAGAGCACUGGGUGAGGAAGGAGGGCAGGUCCUCAUAGCUUCACCAUCUCUUGAUACUUCAAAACCGAAACUUUGCAACCUUAUGUAAGAUGUGAAUAAAAAUAGCUUCACAAAGUCUUCCAUUUUUGCUCUGUAAUGCUGCUUAGAAAGGAGCUUUCAUUUUGUCAUUGAAUCCUGCCCGGGGCCUUCAGCUCUUCCUCAGAGCCAGUGGAUCCCGUAAACAUUCUCAUCUGUUUCUGUGUUGUGCAGAUGAACUCUGGACCUUGGGUAGUCCAGCUAGCACUCUGUCCCUCUGUCACAGCCCUGUUGUAAACACCUUACACAGUUUUCUGGACCUCCUAGAACCAAGCAACUAGACUUUACUAUUGAAGUGCUUCCUCCUCUCCCUCCUCUUCCUCUCCCCUCUUCCCCUCCUCUCAUUAAUUAUUUUGUUUGUCAGGGAUUGAGCCUAGGACCUCAUGAAUGCUGGUCACGUGCUCUGCUGCUGAGCUGUGUCACCAGUGGUAAAGCUGAUUCCUGUUACAUAAAAUAUUUCAGCUUACCUCCCAGUUCUUGUUAAAGUUUCUUUAAUACUUAAUCUAUAGAUCAAAUGUGAGGUUUUUGUUUGUUAAUUUUGGUUUUCUUGUUUCUGGACAGUGUCUUCCUAGGCUGGCCUCAAGUUCAUGAUAGUCCUCCUUGCCUCGGUUUUCCGAGUACUAGGAGGAAUGGUGGAUGUGCUCUUACCCAGCUCUCCGGUUUGCUUUGGUAUUUUUGAGGCAUUGUCUCAUGUAGUUCAGGCUGCCAGCAGGAAGGACAGACUUGAACCCUGGCUUCCUCUCUUUCACCUCCCAUCUCACGACACAGAUGCCGCCAUACUCAGUGUCUUGUGUGGGUUCUACUUUGGGGGGAGGUUGUUUGUUUGUUUUUAGAGAUUUAUUUUUAAUUAUGUAUAUGUGGCUGGGGAAUGUAGGGAGAAAUAUGUGAAUGAAUGUGAAUGUCACCUCUCCUCAAACCACAGUUGCAAAGUUCCCUGCAGCUGGGGUUACAAGUGGUAAUGAACUGCCCUAACUUAGGCACUGGGACCAGAACUCACAUAUUCUACAAGCUCGGAACUACCGAGCCGUCUGUCUGCCUUCAGCUGUGUGUGCUUCUGUCUUCCGUCUGUCUUUAGGAUUUAUUCAUGCACAUCAACCCACUCUUGACAUCUCAGUUAUAACAUGCAUGUCAACCCACUCUUGACAUCUCAGUUACAACAUGCAUGUCAACCCACUCUUUAAAUCUCAAUUACAACAUGUAUGUCAGCCCACUCUUCACAUCUCAGUUACAACAUGCAUGUCAACCCACUCUUCACAUCUCAGUUACAACAUGCAUGUCAGCCCACUCUUCACAUCUCAGUUAUAACAUGUAUGUCAGCCCACUCUUCACAUCUGUUAUAACAUGUAUGUCAGCCCACUCUUCACAUCUCAGUUACAACAUGCAUGUCAACCCACUCUUCACAUCUCAGUUACAACAUGUAUGUCAGCCCACUCUUCACAUCUCAGUUAUAAUACGUAUGUCAGCCCACUCUUCACAUCUCAGUUAUAACAUGUAUGUCAACCCACUCUUCACAUCUCAGUUAUAACAUGCAUGUCAACCCACUCUUCACAUCUCAGUUACAACAUGUAUGUCAGCCCACUCUUCACAUCUCAGUUACAACAUGCAUGUCAGCCCACUCUUCACAUCUCAGUUAUAAUACGUAUGUCAGCCCACUCUUCACAUCUCAGUUACAACAUGCAUGUCAACCCACUCUUCACAUCUCAGUUACAACAUGCAUGUCAGCCCACUCUUCACAUCUCAGUUAUAACAUGUAUGUCAGCCCACUCUUCACAUCUCAGUUAUAACAUGUAUGUCAGCCCACUCUUCACAUCUCAGUUACAACAUGCAUGUCAACCCACUCUUCACAUCUCAGUUAUAAUACGUAUGUCAGCCCACUCUUCACAUCUCAGUUACAACAUGUAUGUCAACCCACUCUUGACAUCUCAGUUAUAAUAUGCAUGUCAACCCACUCUUCACAUCUCAGUUAUAACAUGCAUGUCAACCCAUCUUGACAUCUCAGUUAUAACAUGUAUGUCAGCCCACUCUUCACAUCUCAGUUACAACAUGCAUGUCAGCCCACUCUUCACAUCUCAGUUAUAAUACGUAUGUCAGCCCACUCUUCACAUCUCAGUUACAACAUGCAUGUCAACCCACUCUUCACAUCUCAGUUACAACAUGCAUGUCAGCCCACUCUUCACAUCUCAGUUAUAACAUGUAUGUCAGCCCACUCUUCACAUCUCAGUUAUAACAUGUAUGUCAGCCCACUCUUCACAUCUCAGUUACAACAUGCAUGUCAACCCACUCUUCACAUCUCAGUUACAACAUGCAUGUCAACCCACUCUUCACAUCUCAGUUAUAAUACGUAUGUCAGCCCACUCUUCACAUCUCAGUUACAACAUGUAUGUCAACCCACUCUUGACAUCUCAGUUAUAAUAUGCAUGUCAACCCACUCUUCACAUCUCAGUUAUAACAUGCAUGUCAACCCAUCUUGACAUCUCAGUUAUAACAUGUAUGUCAGCCCACUCUUCACAUCUCAGUUACAGCAUGCAUGUAAACCCGCUCUUCACAUCUCAGUUACAGCGUGCAUGUCAGCCCGCUCUUCACAUCUCAGUUACAACAUGCAUGUCAGCCCGCUCUUCACAUCUCAGUUACAGCGUGCAUGUCAGCCCGCUCUUCACAUCUCAGUUACAGCGUGCAUGUCAGCCCGCUCUUCACAUCUCAGUUAACUAAGAGUGAGUGGUGCCUUUGUGACUAUUACUGCUGUAAGACACUGACCAACAGCAACUCGAGGAAGAAAGGGUUUAUUUCAUCUUACAUGUCCAGGUGACAACAGUCUGUCACUGAGCAGGAACUGAAGCAAGCCAUAGUGGGCUGGGCCCUCCCAGAUCAAGCAGCAGUCUAGGAAAUGUCCCAGAUACUUGCCUAUGUCUGAUGUGUUUUUUCAUUGGACUUCCCUCUUCCCCGGUGACUCAACCUGUGCCACACUGACAAACACAAAACGCAGUGGCUUAAGUGGAAAACCGAAACUACUAAAUAGUAAGAAAAACAACUGAACUACUACUAGUAGUUAAAAAACUACUAAAAACAAGGUCCCUAGGACCUUGACUGAGAAAGGAUUUCUUUUUUUUUUUUUUUUCCGGAGCUGGGGACUGAACCCAGGGCCUUGCGCUUGCUAGGCAAGCGCUCUACCACUGAGCUAAAUCCCCAACCCCGAGAAAGGAUUUCUUAAUUUGAAAAUAUUAGACUAAUUUUAAAAACCAUUUUUUUUGGAGACAGAGUCUAAUGCAGGUUAGUCUGGCCGGGAGCACACUGUAGCUGAGCAUGACCGUGGGCAUGAGUGUGUUUGCGCAUCCCCAAAGGCCAGAGGACAGUGUGGAGGAAGUUGCUUCUCCAUCCACAGUGUGGGCCCUGGGGAAUGGCCUUGGGCUCUCUGGUCUCACCAGCUUCUGCCAUGAAUUUCUUAUUCUCUAGCCCCACCUCCCAGGCAUGGAGGUUUUAGGUGUAUACCACCACGCCCAUUUUAUAACGUUCAGAAGCGUGUAUGGAGGUCAGAGGAGUUGGUUCUCUCCUACCCCUUGGGUCCCAGAGAUUGAACGUCAAGCUUGGCAGUGAGCACCUUUUCCUGAUGAGCCAUCUUGGGGAAAGCCUGCCCUUGUUAUAGUGACGAGUUACACUCGGCAAGCUGUACAAACUAAACUACAGCUUCAACCUCAGGCCCCAUAAUAAAAAAAAAAUUACAUGGAGCUGGAGAGAUGGCUCAGUGGUCAAGAGCACUGGGUCCUCUUCCAGAGGUCUUGAGUUCAAAUCCCAGCACCCACAUGGUGGCUCACAACCAUCUAUAUGGUUAUGUAACGUGUUUCCCUCAUCUGGCCUGCAGGCAUAUGUGCAUGUGGGACAUUGUAUAUAUAAAUAAGUCUUUUUUUUUAAAAAAAUUACAUGUUUUUCAAAUGACAUUGAUGUUAAAAAAAGAAAGCCACAAUCUUGAAAGUGCAUGCAAAUCCAGAAUAUAUAAUGUACAAGCAAGAAAAGAGCCUUUAAAGUGUAUAUAAGAGUGAGCAGACAUUGAAGCUGAGGAGAUAGGCCAGACAUGCAGAUGACAGACUGGCGGCAUUACUAGCCACUAAGAAAACAAAAGGCACAAGGACACAUUGUUGUAGGGCACAGCUUGUAAUCCCACACUUGCAAGGGGAGACACAGGAUGAUGGCCAUGAAUUCCAGGCCACCACAUCUACAAAGAUUUCUCUGGGCUAACCAGGCUUCAUACCAAGACCAUGCCUUAAAAUGGGGUGUGGAGAAGCCAGGUGAAGCCUAUAAUCUCAGAAUUUGGGAUGGAGUCAGGAAGAGCAGGAGUUAAAGGGCACUGCUGACCACAGAGUGAGUCCAAGGUCAGCCUAGACCUCAUGCAGCCCCAUUUCAAAAUAAAACAAAAAGUGAAAUACAAAAACUUUUUGGCAGGUGCUGGUGUGUUACUGUGAGUUGAGGUCAUCCUGGGCUGCUGAGUUUGAGGACAGCUAGAGCUCCACAGAGAGACCCAGUCUCAAAACAGACAUGGGGCUAGAAUUACAAGCUAUAUCUUCUGUAGCAUUUUCUUUUUUCCAUCUUAUCUGAGGUAAUCACUGGGAUUUGUGUUAGGUUACACAUCAAACCAAGAUGUUUAUCUCCUUGGUCACUACACACCCUGUAGAGUGAAUUCUUGAGCCAGCAUAAAGUCUAACCGUCCCAGGGAAGUGGAAAUCCAUACACCACUGGUUCAGCUGCAGACCAAGUGUGGCCACCUCAGAAACACCUUGACAGUAAGAAUACAUUCUGACUCUUUCCCUCGACACAGCACAUUUCCCUCUCACUCACCUUUCAUUAGUUCUGUUUUCCAGAGUCUGGUUGAUAACUUUUGUUAUUUUUUGUUUUUAAAAUAAAGGCUUCUCUGUAGAGCCUUGGCUAUCCCGGAAUUCUCUAUGUAGCCCAGGCUGGCCUCAGACUCAGAGAUCCAUGCCUCCACCUCUGAGUGCUGUGAUUAAAUGCAUGCACCACCACACCUGCCAGAUAACUUUAAGAUUCGUAUCAUAUAUUAAGUGUCUUGCUGCAUCUAAGUAUGGGAAUCGUGGGCAUGCAGUAGCCACGCAGGCCAGCAGAGGGCAUCAGAUCCCCUGGGACUGGAGGGAGGGAUGGCUGUGAACCACGUGUGGGUGCUGGAAACUGAACCAGGUCUUUUGCAAGAGCUGCAAGUGCUUUUAAUGAAGCUUGUGAGUAAAUGUUUUGUGCGGUCAUGUUUUCCGAUCAGAUGCCCAGGAAAAUGGCCAGAUGGGAAGUAACUGUUUAAACCUUUGGAGGAAGUGUGUCGUCUAGAUCAUGUUCAUACAGGACUUACAUGCGUGUGGGCAUGGCAGUGCAUGUGGAGGCCCGAGGUUGAUGUCUUCCUCUAUCAUUCUCCACCUGGAGCUUCCCCAUUGGCUAGCCAGCAGCCCGGGGUGUGUUCUCCUGUCUACUUCCCUGGGGUUGGGACUGGAGGCCUGCACAACUGUGUCCAGCCUAAGAUUUUGGAUACAUUUUAAAGGGGAAUGGUUGGGGGAUGGAAAGGCGGCCCCACCAGUAAAGUCCCCGCCACCUGAGCGUGAGGACGCACAAAAGCUGAGCUUACUGCACACAUCUGUAACUCCCAGCUUGCCUGCCGCUAUGUGUGCAUAGACCCACACAGACAUGCAGGUACACCAGCCGCACGCACGCACGCACGCACGCACGCACGCACGCAUGCACGUUUAUUUUGAAAGAAAAGAAUAAGAUGGAGAGUAGGAACUGUAACCAGUUACUCUGAGUGUUCACUUCCCUGUGAAUCACACUGAGUGAAUACAGUACGGCUCUGAAGGAAGAGCUGGGCUAAAAGCAAGGGUGAAAAGAUUCUCAUCGAGAGCCUUUUUCUACCCAACUCAUCCAGUACUUACAGGAAUAAUGCAAAGCACCUUUUUUUCCAAAUACAGAAUACAUAAGUACACAGUCGUAUGUGACAGAGCAAUAAACACCGAUGUGAGCCUUGCUUUAAAGAUUAUACACAAUGCUUGAGUUUAUAGAGGCAGUAAAGGUGGUGACCCUGAAAUUCGGUAAAACCACAGCUUUGAACUUCAGCAGCUUGUCUCACACCAAGUGGAGACAAACGCGACACUGAUUUAAUUUUUCAAAAUGAGCCAUCGUUGGGGUGGAAUAAAUAUAAAAUGUUUUAAGGGGGAUUUCAAUUAAAAGACGCAAGUGUGAGUAAUUCUUGCCUUUUUAAGUUUUCAUGCCGGGAUCUGUGCUAACAUCCGUUCAGUGACAGUGACCUUUUGUACAAUACACUACUGUAGGUUUCUCUUUAACCCUUAGCUCUCUUUUGUGAACGUGUCUGUCCUUGUCCACUUUUCUGUUUGUCCCUUCAAAUUGAGUGAGCGUGGAGAUGUCCACCUUCCCAUUUAUACCUCAAUUCCUGGAGGGGUGGGGAGACACUGAGGGUUCUCUAAUCCAUCCCUAAUUGCCUGUCUUUUUUCAGUUUAUUAAACACAUGCUGGUAUGGCUUUGUAUGAAUGUAAAUAUGUAAUAUAUUGACUGAAUACAGUCCUCAUUUUAACCUCACAAAACCAAGCAGACCUCAGAUGUAGCGGACGUUGAAGGCUUCUGCCUGUUUUCUGCUGGACUUUGGACUUUCCUGGGAGUCGUCAAGUAAGUGUCCUCUUGAUUAUAUUUCCAGAAGUGGCGUUUCUAAGCCCAGGCAGGGGCUUGAAUGUGGAACUCACACAAUGCCCUGUGUUUUGCAAUCCGAGCUCAGCUGCAACACAGCAGAGUUUCCUGGCACAUGGUUUGCCUUGGUCCCACCACUGUUUCUAGUUUGGGGCACCCCAGGACAAGAGGAUUUUUUGAGUCCAUGCUUUUACCUAAUUUUCAGACCAUAAAAGCCCAAGUUUUCACAUUAAAGCGGAAACAUACUCUAGGUGUUAUAGGCAUUUCACCAGUGUGUGCGUGUGUGUGUGUGUGUGUGUGUGUGUGGUGUUUAUGAUGUGUGUCUGUGACUAUGUGUAUGAUGUAUUUGUAUAUCUGUAUGAUAUGUGAGAUUAUGAUGUGUCUGUGACUGUGUGUAUGCUGCGUCUGUGUGAUGUGUGAGACUAUACACUGGGUCUGUAUGAUGUGACUGAAUGUGUAUGUUGUAUGUGUGUAUGAUCUGUGACUGUAUAUGUUGUAUGUGCAUGUGUCCAGGUGUGAGUGUGUGGAGGUCAGAUAACUUGUUGCUUCUUGCCUUCCACCUGUGAAGAAGGGUCUUCUUGUUUCUACUGCAUACCCGAGGCUGACAGGUCCAAGAGCUUCCAGUGAUUCCUGUCUCUCCUCCCAGUGUGUACUGGCCACGAGAGGAUUACAGAUGCGUGCUACCCCGUUCAGCUUUCCAGAGUUCUGAACUCAGAUCAUCAGAUUUCCAAAGUGUUAGUGACUGUUUUUUUAUAAGUGUUGCAGUUUUGCUUUCUUUUUUUUUAAAAAAGAGAUUUGUUUGUUUAUUGUAUAUGAGUACACUGUAGCCAUCUUCAGACACACCAGAAGUGGGCAUUGGAUCCCAUUACAGAUGGUUGUGAGCCACCGUGGUUGCUGGGAAUUGAACUUGGAACCUCUGGAAGGGCAGUCCGUGCUCUUAACCACUGAGCCAUCUCUCCAGCAGUUUUUCAAUUAUCCUGGCUAGCUACCAAAUGAUUGACCACUAUGAUUACUUAGCAUGUUUUAAAGGCACAACAACUGAGCAGUUAUUACUGCAUUUCAAUCCUCUAUGCUAAUCUGGUUACCUCCCAGCCAAAAUCCCUGAGACACUUGCAUUUUAUGGCUUUCUCUGCUUGACUGUUUUCCUGGACUCUUUCCUCUAGGCUACUCCUCACGUCCUUUCUCCUGCCAUCUCCCCUGGCUGGCAGGAAGUCCUGCCCUGUUCUCUCCCCUGCUCAGUCAUUGGCUGAUUAGCUUUUAUUGACAAAUCAGAGAAUAACGGGGAGCAAUACUUACAGAGCAUCAAGGCAGGGAUACUUAGAAUAAGUAUUGCCACCGGAUGUGAGGACACAGAAAUCAGCAUUUGAAUUAAGCAGGGCACGAACAACAUUAUGCCUAGAGCAAAGCAAGCAUUUUCCCACAGAACCAUCUCCUUGACCCCAAGUAUUGUCCUUUUUAAAGUUUUGUAUUUAUUGUAUUUAUAUGUAUGGGUGCACAUGCGUACCAUGUGUGUGCAUGGUGCCCUCAAAGGCCAGAAGAGCUCAUUGGCUCUCCUAGACUGGAGUUACAGAUGGUGGUGAGCCAACAUAUGGCUGCUGGGAAUCGAACCCAAAGCCUCUGGGAGAGCAGCCACAUAACCAUUGAGCUGUCCCCCCACCAUUCCCCACCCUCAUCCAGGAUUUUUUUUUUUUAAAGAUUUAUUUAUUUAUUUAAUGUAUAUGAGUACACUGUCGCUGUCUUCAGACGCACCAGAGAGGGCAUCGGAUCUCUUUACAGAUGGUUGUGAGCCACCAUGUGGGUGCUGGGAAUUGAACUCAGGACCUCUGGAAGAGCAGUUGGUGCUCUUAACCGCUGAGCCAUCUCUCCAGCCCCCCUCAUCCAGGAUUUUAAACUGUCAGCCAAAGUUUUUUAUUUAUAAAGGGCCAAUGUUUCAGUUACUCUGCAUUGUUAUUUCAGCAUGCUUUCCAAAGGCCUGACACUGCAUGUAUGUAUGAGAUUGUGGAAGAGUGAAACAGGAUGUUUUAUCUGCUUUUAAACAGACUCAAUUGUACACACACCUUUAUUGCCAAUACUCAGGAGGCAGAGACAGCCUGGUCUAUACAGCAGUGUCGAGGCUGGCCAGUGCUAAUAAUGAUACCCUGUCUCAAAAACCUAAGUUUGAGAAACCAAAGAGCUUAUCAUAUGAAUAGCUCAGAAAUAUAAACCCAUCCGCUGACAAUGAAGAAAUUAUAAAAUAAGACAAAACAGUGUGAACUUUCUGAUAGAGACUAUCUGCCGUGUCUAACUAGGCAUGUCCACCACAUGAUAAAACCGUUGUAGCGCAUAUGGCCACAGAGAACACCGUGUGACUCAAUGCUAAUGUGAUCACUCAAGCACAGUCCAUAAUACAGAACUAAAGGAAUCAGCAAUGGCCUACACUGAAGAGAAUUGGAUUUCAUAUUAUUGAAGAGAAAACACUGCCAAUAAGAACCCCUUAGGUAUCUGUUCAGAUCAUCGAUACAUUUUGGGAUUCUCUUUUUGUUGUUUUGUCAUAAACUUCAUUCUAAUGUGUAAUUAUUAUUCUUAAGUACUUAAAAAAGGAAAGCGAACUUUAAGAAGUUCCGUUGAGUGAGCACUCAUAAAAAUGUUAACAUACUGUAGGUCUGCUGUGAACACACCCAUUGUUACUUAGCAAAUGCCCAAGUCAGUUGGCAUUACCAAACUUGAACUUCUCUAUUCCAAGGUUAACUAGUAUUUUCUUGGAAAAGGUUUUAAUCCUUUCUGGAUGAUUUUCAGAAACGAGUUUCAUGAAGUUUACAUUGGUCUCAAAUUUACUGUGUAGAGAUGACUUUGAACUCCUGCCUGCCUCCAGCUUCUGAGUGCUGGGCUUGCAGUUGUGUGCCAGUGUCCCCUUCUCUGAAUGAUGGUUUAGGGGAUGACAACUAGUUUUAAGAAACUGGUUUCUAGAUCCAUUAGCAGCUUGACAAUGUGAUCGAUAGCACACAUUCCCCCAUCACAGGUGCUCACUGCAGUCUAUAAGGUAAAUGUGCCAAUGCGCAUCCAUUUAGUGUGUAUGUGCUGUGUGUGUGCUGUGUAUGUGUUGUGUAUGUGUGCUGUGCUGUUGUGCUGUGUAUGUGUGUGUGCUGUGUGUGUGUACUGUGUAUGUUCUGUGUGUGCUGUGUAUGUGUGUACUGUGUUGCUGUGUGUAUGUGCUGUAUAUGUGUGUACUGUGUGUGCUGUGUGUAUGUGCUGUGUGUGUAGUGUGUAUGUGUGCUGUGUGUGCAGUGAGUGUGCUGUGUGUGCAGUGAGUGUGCUGUGUGUGUGUGCUGUGUGUAUAUGUGUGCUGUGCGUGCAGUGAGUGUGCUGUGUGUGUAUGUGUGUGUGUACUGUGUGUUUUCUAUGCUUCACAUGUACUAAGUUCGAGAACAUCCAAGAGGCAGUUUUUUUCCUCAAGCAAACUCUGAUAAUCAGGAAUGUGUACAUGUGUGAUAAGCAUGCAUGUAUGUCUCUUUGUACAUGUGUGGGUGAGGGCACAUACAUGUGUAGAGACCCAAAAUUGCGGGUGUCUUCCUUGAUCGUUCUAUACUUUUUGCAGUCUCUUAGUGAACCCAGAGUUUGCUAAUCUAGUUAGCCAACUUGUCCUGGGGAUUCCCUGUCCUCUCUGUGCUGGGAUUAUAGGUUUCUGCCAUCUGCCCAGCUUUUUGGAUAAGUUCUGGGGAUUUGAACUCCAGGCCUUCUUUUGAGAGCCACUGAUCCAUUUCCUAUGUUGAUUCCUUACUUCUUAGCUGUCAUUUGAGCUCUAUAAUGUUUAUGUCUUCACCUAUAAAAGAUAAAUACAUUUGGUAGCUGGUCUGAAAUUCAUAGGGUUGGAGGUCCCUGAGAAUGGACCUCUCUCCCAAUUAGCAAAAUGCAAAACCAUGGAUUGAAAUUGCAAGACUCGGGGUUGGGGAUUUAGCUCAGCGGUAGAGCGCUUGCCUAGCGAGCACAAGGCCCUGGGUUCGGUCCCCAGCUCCGAAAAAAAGAAAAAAAAAAAAAAAAAAAAAGAAAUUGCAAGACUCUAAUGAACAGUCUGGUAUGGGUUUUUUGUGAUCUGCAGCCUGGGUGGAGAGGUAGUUCCAAACUGCUCAGUCAUAAGACCUGUAUCUCUCAGAGUUUUAUGGUAAAGACCACAGAUAACCACCGUCCUGUUAAUGGUUUUUUUUUGUUUGUUUGUUUUUUGUUUUUGUUUUUUUUUUUUUUUUUUGAGACAGGCUGUGCUAGGGUUAUCCUUACUGUGAUGAAACACCAUGACUGAAAGCAAGUUGAGGAGUUAAGGGUUUAUUUGGCUCACAUCUUAGUCUAUCACUGAUGGAAGUCAGGUCAAGAACUCAAACAGAGCAGGAACUUAGAGGCAGGAGCUGAUGUGGAGCCAAGGAGGGGUGCUGCUUACUUGCUUGCUCUUCAUGGCUCGCUUGGCCAUGCCCAGAGAUGACCCCACCCACAAUAGGCUGGGCCCUCUCAAAUCAGUCACUAAUCAAGAAAAUGCCCAACAGGCUUCCUACAGCCAGAUCAUCUGGAGGCACCCCUUCUUCUGAUGAGUAUCUUGUAUCAAGCUGACACAAAACUAGCCAGCACACAGGAUCUAUGUACAGAGCCCUAGCUGUCCUGAAGUAUGGAGCUAGACCUGGCUGGCUUUGAACCUAACAGAGCUCCACCUGCCUCUGUCUCCUGGGUACUGGGAUUAAAGGUGGGCACAGCUAUGACUGAUGUCAUCACUCCCUACCUAUCUUUUUAAGAGCUACUCCAAGUGGGCCUGUCAAUCACCUGAGGAGGAACAAAAGUACCAAAACAAAAACCAAACCAAACCAAAGGUCUGUUCUACAGACAUUUGUGCUUUAAACCCUUCCUAAAAAUGUAGGCUGGCACCAUGAAUCUCCUUGGCCAGUGCCUGUUCUGGCCCCUUGUGAGCUGGUUUUUAUGCCAAUGGGUCUCUUUGGCCACUGUUUCUCUCUCCUUUGGGUGACUUCAUUUUACAAUAGUGCAGCCCAUUUAUCGUCCUUUGACAGUGUGCUCUUGUGUGCCUCAUCUGAAUUCUCUCAUUGACACACAAAUGAAGAGCUUGGGUGAGUUCAGACGUAGAGCCAAGGGACAAAAAGGUGGUUUGAGGAUACAAUAAAACAAUUUAUGUAACUCUCCUGGGUUAUUUUGGAUCUUGACAAGUAGAAACUAGUGUCGAUUUUACACAAAAGCAAAGACUGAGCCUGCUCAUCACAAAGGAAGGAGAAUAAAUAUAUUCUGUUUGAAAAGAAAUUCAGGGCAGUUAGGAAUGGGCAGACUCGCUAUGGACAAUAGCACAAGCAUAGGGUCCCAGCAGUCAGGAGGCCGAGACGUGUGGAUGGAGUUGCCUAUCAUCCUCAGCCACACUGGGUGUUUAAGGACAUCUUGGGUUACAGCCCUUUCCUCAACAAAACAGCAGCGAGCAUGAAAAACAAAACAAAACAAAACAAAAUCUAACUUCCCCAGGGGGUAAAAAGGCCCACCUGGGUUAGAGAUCCCACAAGGCUGGCUGAAUUCCCAAGAUUGGAGAUGAAAUGUUACGGGUCCAGAGCGAGAGUAUCUUGUGCUAUCUUUAGAAGAGCAGAGAACACUGCUCAUCAAAAGCAGCACGCAGAUCGACCGACUAGUAUGGAGAAGCUUGAGAUUUUUCGGGGGGUGGGGGUGGGGAUGAAAACUGAUACAGAAGGAAAUGUUCAGAAAACCUAACUUUUUUUUUUUUUUUUUUUUUUGCUUAGGACGGUUAGUAGUGUUGUCAGAUCUAGAAUCAUGUAGGAGAUGGGCCUCUGAGUAUAUCUGUGGGGGAUCAUUCUGACUACAGUGACUGGAAAGGACACACCUAAUGUGGGAAGAGAUCCUGGACGGUACAAACUUGAAGACAAUGCGCUAAGCAUAUUAAAAACUCGGGCAUGGUGGCGUUUGUAAAUCCCAGUGCUGGGGGUGGGGGGGCAGAGAAGGCUGGAACUUGAGGGCUCUAAAGCUAGCCAGUUUAGUGUAAUUGGCCAGUCCCAGAUUAUCAGUGAGAGACUGUCUCAGAAGCCUCCUGGAGAGUUACUUCUGGUGUCCGCAGGGACCUGACCUGUGCUCACACUUACAAACAUACAUGCACACACACUCGAAGGCUGACACAAAAGCAUCCGUUAUGGCCAAUUAUCUACUUGCUAAACGGAACACAAUGGAACUCGCAUCACAUGUGAAUUUAUUGUUAUUCAACAAAUUCUGACGUAAGAAAACGCGACCACUUUGCCUACUUUUCUCCUCAGUGUGCCUUCAACAUGGUAUGACAGACUUUCACAAACAGGGGUGGCAAAGUCACCAUCUCUGGAAUUUCUUACCACACCUCUGAAAGGCUGAGAUCAUUGGCGUCCGUUACCAAGUCAGACGCCUAAUAAACCGCAAGAAGAAAGUUGUUUGAGUAACGUCACUCAAGCCGGAAGGCAAACGCUGAGCGCCAAACAGGUCCGGUUGCGCACGUCCGGCGAUGUGCCGCCGCCCCACCUUUGCAGUCCCGCAGUAGAGAGCCUCGGCUCGGCCGCUGUGUUUGCCCACGCGGCCGGAGGACAGGUCGCGACACUGCACCGGCGCUCCCUAAGGCUGUACCUUGUACAGAAACUUUCGUCUACCCUGCCCAGUGAAGUUCCCUCUCCCGGGCUCACGUGAGAGCUUGAGUCGCGGUAAACUCAGUUCCGCCUGAGGACUGGGCGGCCUGACCGGAAAGGCGGGGUUUGGACGCGCUGAACUCCUUCCGACUACCUAGCCAAUCGCAGGCCAGCUGUGUCGCAGCAGCCAAUAGGAGAGGCCCGGCGCCUUUUGGGCCUGCGCAGGCAGGUUCCCUCUUGCCAUUCUGUCCUCCUUUUGUUAGAGUUCGGCUGUGCCUUCGGUCCUUACCUACUGGUUCGCAAUCCGGCGCCAUCGCGCUUUGGGCGAGCAUGGUGAUGGGGAGUAGCGAGGUGGGAACCGAGCUGACGUCUGUCUGGUCUUGGCGACCGUGGCGCGCGACCGGGAGGACUGGCCGGAGCAUGUCUCCAGGAGACGGGUCAAUGGUGCGGAGGUGACGCAGGAGCUCUUGGUGUGACCUGGGCCUAUGUAUGAUACCACAGGAGCUUGACCGAGGAUGCUCUGGUGUUUUAAUAAGUGACCCCUUUUUCUGAAGAUGUUGGGUGGUUAAUGAAAGAAGGAAUUGUAUUCUUGGCGAUGUCUGAAAGAAAUGUGUGGCUUUGAAAGAAGAUUAUGAAAUAUACAGGAAAGGAGUGAAAUCAAAGGAUGUUUUUCCAUGAUAGAGUAAUGUUUACACAUGUAUUCAGUAAUGUGAAGAUUUAUAUAAGGCCUGGUGACCUCAGUUAAUUCCUGGGAUCCACAGUGUGGAAGAAGAGACCUGACUCCUGAAAGUUGUCUUCUGACCACAUAUACAUAAUAAGUAAACAAAUGUAAUUUUGAAAUCUCAAAAUAGUAAAGUUAAAAAACAUAAGAAUGCUGCUGUUUUCUGAAAUGUAAGCAUGAUGCAAAGGACUUGUGACAGUUUUGUUUAAACUUUAUCUUCUUGAAAUGAGAAAGGGAUUAAACUGUCAAAAGAAUUAAACUCUUUGUAAUUCUU